CAUCGGACUCCAGGAACUCAGCUCGACAGGCCUAAGGCGAGGGGGAGAAGGCAACCGCGGAAAGAAGACCUGCCGUGUCACCAACGCCAAGCCCUAGGCAAGAAUAUAAGCCAUAUCAUGGGCGCUGGUUUUUUGAUCAGGCUUUCAUGUUUUCCUUCUCCUUUCCUGUCCACACUCUUGACUGCGUCGGAAGCACGAUUGCCUCCCUAACCAACCGUCGACUUUUUGCCAGUACAAGUGCAACCUGUAUCAUGAGCCGUACUCAGUGGGACGAUGGCCUGCACACAGUGAACGGCACAGAUGCGCCAGAAGCUGUUCUUCUUGGGCAACAGGUACCCAAAGAGCCGGUCUCGACAAGAUGGACAUCAACAUAUCCGCAAUACAGCCGGCUGGUGCGACCGAAUUCCCCGGAGAAGCAUGAUCAGGAACAGUGUGGGCACUUCCUCCCACAAUCAAACGCAUCUUCGCCGGGCCUGGAAAGGAGGAUCUGCGGCCUACGGAGGUCCACGUUCUUUUUGACAGUGGCGCUUCUGGCUGUGAUUGUGAUUGCGGCCGUCGGAGGCGGUGUGGGUGGAUUUAUCGCGGUCAAGAAUGCGAAAAGCACCAGCUCUGCGCCCCCGAGCACGACGACAGUGCCCUCCGCUACAACAGCCUCCAUUAUCACGGUCCCAACCGAGGGCGUUCUCGCGUUCGACUGCGCAGCCGUCGCCGCCAGUGGCAGCCAGAUUAUAACGAUGGGUGAGAAGAACUGGAAAUUCGGCGUGGGCUGCAAUCAGAACUUUGGGGGAAGCCCGCACCUCGCCGGUUCGAUAGCUUAUUCGUUCGACGAAUGUCUCCGAUCGUGUGCACAAACGAACUGGUUAACGAACAACGAUACGUGUGUCGGCAUAUCUUUCAACGGGGAUUUGACGUCUUAUGUGAAGAAAUAUCAUGGGAACUGUUUCUUGAAAAAGUCCUUGGAGAAGGCCAAUCCGGACACGAGCUCGAUGGCUGCGAUAGCGAGUCUGAUGCCCUUAUCGAGCGACCCGCCAAGGGUCACGGUCGUUGCGUCAGACUAGGUAUGAGGUCGGGUAUUGUACAAG